AUGCCCUUCCAACCCAUCAACACCCUCCGCUUCCUCGCCUCCUGGUUCCAACCCAUCUCCACAGCCCUCUUCCACCCAACCCUGCCCUGGACAAUCCGCUGGCGUCUCCUCCUCCUCCAACCUCUCAACUUCCUCGUCUACACCAUAAAAUGUCUUCCCUACGCCUUCUCAAACACCUACGAGAGCAUGUACAUUCCCACGAGAGACGAUGGGCGAAGGUUGAGAAUUAUCGUUUUCAGGCCGAAGAAGCAGGAUCAUGAUUCGAAGCUACGUCCUCUGCAUCUGGACUUCCAUGCUGGCGGGUUUAUAGGCGGCAUCCCCGAGGUAGAUGCUCCAUUUUGCGAAAUGCUCUGCGAGCGAACGGGUGCGGUUGUCGUCUCUGCUUCUUACCGCUUGGCACCACGGCAUUCCUUCCCCGCCGCCCACGAAGACGCAGAAGACGUCCUAUCCUGGCUCGAAGUCCAUGCCCAAGAUACCCUUCUAGCAGACUUCUACCGCUUGACCGUCAGCGGCUUCUCAGCAGGCGGCAACCUCAUGUACAUGGCUGGCUCCCGCGCCAAAGCCGCUGUGGGCUUCUACGCUCCUGUCGAUUUCCGCCGAGCGCCUUGGGAAAAGCCGCACCCGCCUAGUAUGCCAAAGAAUGACCCAAUGAAGGUGUUUCUGCCGUUGAUGGAUGUUUAUGCCGGUGGUGAUGUGCGGAAGCGGGCGGCGGAUGAUGAGAGGUUGCAUCCUAUCUUGAGGCGGAUUGACGAGUUGCCGGCGAAUCUGUUGCACGUUGUGCCGGGGAUUGAUGUUAUUGUUGAGGAGCAAAUGGCUUUCGUGGAGAGGGUGAGGGAGGACUUCGAGUGGGAGGGGAAGGGGAGGAGAGCGGAGGUGAAGUUUUUCAAGGAGGUGUUUCAUGGGUGGCUGGAAUUGCCCAAAGGCAUCGUCGAUGAGAAAUUCCGCACUGAGGCCUUUGAGGCCGCGGUCGCCUUCAUCCGAAGAGCGCAGGAGAUGUGA